CUGAGGAAUAUUCCUACCCGUGUUGACACACUUUACUCCAACACAUUCUUCGCACAACUUUUGCUCAUUGAUUGUAAAUACUAGUCGCGGACACAAGUGAUUGAUAUCAAGCCAUAAGAAUGUCUCAGACGAGUGCCACCACUUCUGCAGCCAAAGCCCCAACGAUUCCGAAGUCGAUUCGCUUCUUAUUCGGUGGAAGUGCUGGAAUGCUGGCCACUUGUUUCGUACAGCCAUUGGAUUUGAUUAAGAAUCGGAUGCAAUUGAGUGGCGAAGGCGGAAAAGCAAAGGAACACAAAACCAGUUUACAUGCCAUCCGAGCCGUCAUUAAGAACGAGGGCUUCUCCGGACUUUAUGUGGGAUUAUCUGCGGGUCUACUGAGACAGGCCUCCUAUACGACUGUCCGGAUGGGUGUCUACGCCUCGCUCUUCGAGAAACUGAGCGGCGAUUCGGGAAAACCUCCGGGAUUUCUGGCCAAAGCCGGUAUAGGAAUGACUGCCGGAGCAGUCGGUGCCUUCUUCGGGACGCCGGCAGAGGUGACUCUCAUCCGUAUGACAUCUGACGGACGGUUACCUCUGAACGAGAGGAGAGGCUAUAAGAAUGUGUUCGACGCUCUCAUUCGCAUCACCCGAGAGGAGGGAGUGUUGACACUAUGGCGCGGAUGUAUCCCAACCAUAGGCCGAGCGAUGGUUGUGAACGCCGCACAACUGGCCUCUUAUUCUCAGGCGAAGCAGACAUUGCUUUCGACUUCUUAUUUCAGUGAUAAUAUUGCGUGCCAUGCGGUCGCUUCCAUGAUAUCAGGUCUCGUCACUACCAUGGCAUCCAUGCCCGUCGACAUCGCAAAAACUAGGAUCCAAAACAUGAAGAUAAUCGAUGGAAAGCCUGAAUAUAAAGGCGCUAUCGAUGUGCUCUCGAGAGUCGUUCGAAAUGAAGGCCUGUUUGCUCUCUGGAAGGGCUUUACUCCAUAUUAUGCCCGAUUAGGUCCGCACACAGUAUUGACGUUCAUAUUCCUAGAGCAGGCCAAUCAGGCCUAUAAGCAGUAUGUAUUGGGAGACUUCUCGGGCGGUGGCGGCCUUUGAUCUCAUUGUUACUAAUUUACAAAGUCUUCAAAUUUAUUAGAUAUUGGUUUUAAUUUUGUUUUAAAUUUGUAAUUAGAUUUUAAAAUAAAUUGAAUCAUUGAUUAGAUUUAUAGUUAACAUAA